UUCAUCAAUUUUUAUAAAUAUAUCUUCAUGUUUUAAAAAUUUUAUAUAUGAAUAUUGUUGUUUUUCUUAAAUAAAUCCGGAUCCGGAUAUCCGCGAGUACCCGACUAUUAUUCCGGAUACCCGUACCCCGGAUACUCGUAAAUACCAAAUCCCGGAUACAAAUCUCAUAGUUAAAUACCCGAGCCUCCCGGAUCCGAAUCCAAAUCUCUCGAUUUUUCCGGGUAUCCGACCCGUGCCCACCCCUAGUGGAUAUAUUAUAUUCAUCAAGUUGCGAAUUUUUAUAAUGCCAUGAUCUCAUCAACAGGUCCAAGAAACAGCUAACUUAAGGACCCACUUGCGUCUGCUACAUAUUUUUGUCUUCACCUAACACAAGAACCCACUUGUGGCUGCACCUUGUUUUAUCUUUUUAUUUGUUUACCUUCUCAUUCUAUAUAAAAUAUUUAGCUUUUGACUUUGUGUUCAAAUUGAUUCAGCUUUCAGACAAACUCCAUACCGAUCCUGUAAGAUUUUACGUCGCUCAUGGAGCUUGACAGUUGAUGAAAGUCGUCACCUUUUGGCCUUUUUUUUUCCUGGAUAUAAGCUUUGACUCUUGCAUGAUCAAGAAGGCAUGAGAGCCUUAUGUCUAUCUCAAGAUUUUGAGUCUUGCCGGUGACUUGUUCAUCGCCAACUCGGGAAAUUCUCCCUCAUGGAUCACUGCAAGACUGGUCCUUUCUCUCCUUUGUACCAAGUUUUGUCCUUCAUCUGUGUCCUAACCUUUGUUCCAUCCCUCAGCUUAGCUCAGGCGGACACAUAUGAGUUCUCGCCUGAUUAUAACUGCUUAACCCGAGGAGGCAACUACACCGCCGACAGCACAUUUGCUACCAAUCUGAACCGCCUUAUCUCGUCUCUCUCUUCGCUUGCUCCAAGCUCCUAUGGUUUCUAUAACAUCUCUAUAGGUGACCCUUCUGAAGAGAGAGCAAAUGCUAUUGCUCUCUGUAGAAGAGAAGUCAGAAGGGACGAUUGCCUCAGCUGUGUUCAGACAGCAGCAAAAGACCUGACAGAGCAGUGUCCGCGGAGAAAAGAAGCCGUCGUUUGGUACACUCACUGUAUGUUUCGUUACUCUAACAGAUCCAUCCUUGGAAGAACAGAGACCAGUCCGACAUUUUCUCUUAUCAGCUCUGAAGAUAUAGCAGGAAACAGAACCGUGUUUGAAAGUCUGCGAGGACAAUUGUUAAAUAGACUGAAAGGUAUGGCGGCCACUGGUGGGCCGAGGAGACAAUAUGCUCAGGGAAACGGUUCGGCUGCACCUGGUUAUCAAAGCUUCUACGGAAGCGCCCAGUGUACUCCGGACUUGUCGGAACAGGACUGCAACGACUGUCUUGAAUUCGGGUUUGGCAGUAUUCCAAGUUGUUGUGAUGGCAGUAUGGGUCUUAGGUGGUUUUGUCCCAGUUGUAAUUUUAGGUUCGAGACAUGGCGGUUCUACGAACUACAGGCCGAUCUGGAGCCUGAUACUCCGGCACCAUCUCCGUCACCAGCUCCAUCAAAUGACACAAGAGUGAAGCCAACUCCAUCAAAUCAGACAAGAGCCGGCAAGGGCAAAGGUGAAUCGAGAAUUGUCGUCGCAAUAGUGAUUCCAUUGGCUUUUGUCGUCGCAUUUGUAGCUUGCCUCUGCAUCUUCUUGAAGAGGAAAAAGAGGAAAUCAGUGUUAGGUAAAUCGCGUUGGUCCGGAACAGAUGCCAAUGACGAGCUCUCGAAAACAGAGUCACUGCUACUUGAAUUUGGAGUUUUAAAGGCCGCAACUAAUAACUUCUCUUCCGAGAAUGAGCUUGGACGUGGAGGAUUUGGUACAGUUUAUAAGGGUGUGCUUCAUGAUGGACAAGAAGUUGCAGUGAAGAGGUUGUCAGAGAUUUCUGGGCAAGGAGACAAUGAAUUCAAGAACGAAGUUUUGUUAGUCGCCAAACUUCAACAUCGAAAUUUGGUUAGGCUUUUGGGUUUCUGCUUGGAAGGACAAGAAAGGAUCCUUGUAUACGAGUUCAUCAAGAAUUCAAGCCUCGACCACUUCAUAUUCGAUCCUGAGAAGCGCCGGUUAUUGGAUUGGGGAGUGCGGUACAAAGUGAUAGAAGGGAUUGCUCGAGGACUUCUUUACCUUCAUGAAGAUUCCCGUUUCCGUAUAAUUCACCGUGACCUUAAGGCAAGCAACAUUCUGUUGGGUGAUGACAUGAAUCCGAAAAUCGCAGACUUUGGAUUGGCCAAACUGUUCGAGACGAACAACCAGCAAGCAACACACAAAUUUACAAACAGAAUUGCUGGAACAUACGGCUAUAUGGCUCCGGAAUAUGCAAUGCGCGGGCAAUUUUCGGUGAAAACAGACGUCUUCAGCUUCGGGGUAUUAGUCCUUGAGAUCAUAACCGGCAAGAGAAACAAUGAUUCUCAAGGAGAGGAAUAUGCAGAAGAUCUCCUUACUUAUGUAUGGAGAAACUGGAGGGAAGACACUGUGCUAAGCAUAAUCGACCCGAGUUUGACAACCGGUUCAAGAAACGAAAUCUUGAGAAGCAUACACAUUGGUCUGCUCUGUGUUCAAGAAAAUGCUGUGAACAGACCCACCAUGGCCACAGUUGCUAUGAUGCUUAGCAGCUUCUCCCUCACGCUCCCGAUGCCCUCCCGGCCCGCUUUCGUCCUCGAAAAUUCCGUCGGGUCGAAUAAUUUCCUGUCUACCUCCGAGUCCACUGCCUCCAGAAGUGAAGUCUUGACGGUUUCCGUGAAUGAUGCUUCGUUUACAGAGUUAUCUCCACGUUAGGAGCUUCUCCAAUAUCUCUGCACCCAUUUUUGUGUAUCUGAUGCAAGAUUUCAUGAGAAUUGGUUCAAGAAAAGUUUUGACUUUUUCCGGUCCACAAAUCUUGAAUGGCAUGAAUUCACUGUUUCCUUC